AAGUUAAAAGUCCUUCGAUCAUUUGGGAAGGACAAAAAGGGAGGGAGUUAUAGACGAGUCAUUUUUGUUAGUCGUCGAAAACAUGCCGGAGAGUUCGAGGAGAGAGAAACCUCCGUCAGGAUCUCCGACCAAUGAUCCCGGUGAAACCACCGGAAUUUCCGCCGGAGAAUCGCAAUCUUCGCCGGAAAAUCAAUCGGAAUCCUUUGAUUCCUCCAAAAUGCGAAAGACCAAGCCUGGAAUCAAGCGUCUUUCCCUUACACUUUCCGUCCUUUUCUCUUUCAUCUUAGGAUUUCCUUUUCUGCUGAAGUCUGUGGAAAUUUAUCGAUCGCCGCUUCCAUUUAAGUACAUGGAUUCGCUUUCUAGUGUUAUUGAAUCGGAACCUUUGCUCUUUCCGUGUCAAUUUCAAGCAGUUUUUUUAGGUUUUAGGGAUGAAUUAAAUGAUGCGGAUAAACUGGGGAUUUCGAUUGUGGAGCGUAUGAGGGAAGUGGUGGGUAAUGAUCAAGCUUGUGGAAGUUGCCGGAGUAAUUUUACUGUUUCAAUUUCUUUGGAGACGGAGAAGGGUUGUGUGCAGAGUAAUAAUGGCAAGAUUGGGUGCUCUUGGCAAUGUGAGUUGUUGAAAGAUAAUGAUUUUGAUGCAAAGUGGAAGGAUGAUGAAUAUGUUGAUGGAUUGUUGGAAAAUGCAGUAUCAGGCAGUCAGAAAUGUGCAGGUUCUAAGGGAAAGGUUUACAGCGUUGUUGUGGUGAAAAAUGAUGAGGAGGUCAGGGCAGUGGCAGGAAAGCAUAGGCAUGGAUGGAUCAUUGGUAAGGUGUCCGAGGCAGAGGCUGUGGAGAGGAUUGCUGAAAUUUUUGUUAGGGUAUUUAUGAACGGAGGGAAAGAUGAAGGCUCGAUUCAUGGGGAGUUUAUGCCUGUUGGUGCUGAUGGUCGGGUUGUACUAUCUUUUAGCUUGUUAAAUUCUAAUCCACAUGACUGGAUUUAUGACUGGGAUUUCCAGAGAGUAAAUGAGAUUCAACUGACUCCUAUUGUUGAGGCUUUGGCACCGAUAGCUAAUAUAAGCGUAGAAAGUCAGAUUUUGUACCAUACUCCAAAAUCCUUUUCCUCUUAUUGGGAUUACCAAAGAGACGCCUACAUUUAUGACUCUAAGGACCUCCCUUUUUUUGUAAAUUCAAAUGAAUGGCAUUUGGAUACUUCUAUUGCGGCUGGAGGACGUUCAAAAAUCCUUCACAUUGUUGUAUACAUACCAUCUGCAAAGGAGUGCCCUCUUUUACUGCAACUUCCUAAUGGAGAGAUCUCCAUGACAAAUGGCUUUAUAUCUCCUAUGUGGGGAGGUGUCAUUGUCUGGAACCCUUCUGGCUGUUCUGGUCAUUCUGAAACUUUGCGUGAGGCUAGGCAUACAAUCUCCUUCAAGGAUCUUGAAAAUAUUGUUGAUGUUUUUAUGGGGCAAUUGCGGCAGCUUUUUGGUCUUAAGUCUGAGAGCCUUUAUGCUGGUUCUUCAGGAAUAGUCAAUCUUCUGGCAAGUGAAAGAGGCUUCACAGAAUGGGAAUUGGAUCUGUUGGCCCGGCAACAUACAUGCUUCAAUCUUCAGUCAUGUGCAACCACGCUUGGAUCUCUUUCCAGAUUGGUUCAAUCACUGCCAAGGAUGAUCAUAAAGGAUGAAAUAGGAAAACAGGUACAAUACUCUCUUCAUGCUGCAAAUUUUGCGCGAAGCAAUGCUACUCUUGGUGCCUAUGAUGAUUCUGCUGUGUUGUCACGGCAAGCAAGAUCUUUGGCCGAAGAUGCCUUUUUUCAUCCUUCUAUCAUGUCUGUGAGCUAUUACUCAUUUGAGCACUGCUUUGCAGUCUACUCGCCCUUCUUCCUACCAGUAGCACUGCAUGUUCUCCUUGCAGCUUUCAAGGAAUGGAAACGAUACAAGCAAGAAAAGCUGAAGUACUUGACAUGGAAAGCGAAAGAAGUUGCAUCUUAAACCUCAAGAAUGAGCAGAAUGUAGACUCAACUGCUCCCAGAAAACUGUGAUGAGCAGAAAAAUUGCCCAUUGCUUCGUUCAUGGAAUUUUUGAAGCCCUCUUUUGAGCCUUGUUGUGCAAUGGGUUGGAAAAGGCUCGUAUGCCACUUUUCUGAGCACUGAGGCGAAGUAGAAAUAUUGGAGCUUACUCCCUUUUCAAUCAUCAUGGUUGCUCCCAGAUCUGAGGACAUCCUGCUUCUGACAGUUUAAUUUAUUUGUCGUGAUGGCAUGCUAAGCUAACUAGUUUUGUAGAAGAGUUAAGGAAACAAAGGGUAAGUAGUGUUUUUUUUCUACAAAUGUUAAAUUAAAGAAUUCUGAAAGAACUUGGGCAAGCUGUAUUUUUUGUAGAAACUUCAUGUUUAUUACUUACUGGCCCAAGGAUCUGUCUGUUUUUUUUCUUUUUUUUUUUUUUUUUUUUUGCAGCUAAUCAAAUGGUAGUUAGUUUAUUUAUUACGGUGUUUUUUGCAUCCUUGUAUUCCAAAAAAAAUUUCUUUGUUAAAAAAACAAUGAUUUUUGACUCAUUGAACCAACUCAAAUUUUACAAUUUGCGUGACAAGAAAAUAAAUCUUAGCACGCCCUCUCACUCGGCAAUAUUCAUAGUCCAGCAGAAAAGCAUGCCUCAAACAUCAUAUGCUUUUAUACAACAUGGUCGCACCAAAGAUGUGCCCCACAAUCUUAUACAGUUAUCAUACAUGAUUGCACCAAAGACAGGUAUCACAGCGCAGCUGACAAUUACAGGUGAAGACAUGAGGGGGAUACAAAAAUUAUCUUCCCACUCCAGGUUUUUCCUCAUGCACACACACGGAUGUACAAUGGUCCAGAUGCACCUAAUUUAUGUUAGCAAGGCAUUAAACUGAGUC